UAUAAAAUCCACAAGACAGUAAAAGCACCCUGGCUCCAGAGGUAGAUCAGUUACCAGAGGGUUUAUCUAGCUAUCUAGCUAACUAACUAGAAGCUUGUGAAGCUAGCUGAAUUUGAGGCUACAUAUUUUCCUGUUGCCUGUUAGGUAGCUACUUACCAUUCUGGGGAUACAUAUAACUAGCUAGCUAGCAUAGCUACCUAGCUAGCCUACAUAGUUAGAAGUUAGCAGGCUCAUUUAGCAUAGCAAUCCACAUCUAUGUAAUGGCAGCAAACUUGAAAGACAAGGAAGCCUAUCAAAGACUGAACUUUCUAUAUCAGGCUGCACACUGUGUUUUGUCUCAAACCCCUGAGAAUGUGGAAUUGGCUCGUUUUUACUGCUUCACUCAGAAGACCAUUGCAAAACGUUUGGUGCUGAGACAAGACCCCUCUGUGAAAAGAACAUUAUGUAAGAAGUGCUGCUCUUUGCUGGUCCCAGGAGUAACUGCCACAGCCAGACAGAGAAGGAUUAAGUACAGAAACCGCAUGACUGUGCUGCAGUGUCUCAGCUGUGGACAGAGCAAGAGGUUCCUUAACAAUCCGAAGCAUCGCCUGUGGGUGGACCAGUAUGAGGCCCAGCUGGAGAACCAAUCACAGCCAGAACAAGGUCACUCCACUAAAGAGAUGCAGAAGGAGAAAGCUGAUGGACCCGUAUCUCAGAAAUCCUCUACAGGGCCUUCCUCUACCCAGCACCAGGUGUCUCCAUCAAAGCCCUAAACCUGAGCCCUGUGGCCUCAGUAGCCUAGUCACAACUGGACAUAGCCUAUUUGUGUGGUAUUGACACAUAUUUUCAACAAUUUCAUUUUUAAAAUUUUUUUAUAUGAGCAUAUUUUCUUUUUUUUUGCUGUGUUUUUUUUGCUGGUGACAACCUAUUAGCAUUACAUCAGUGGUAUUUCGGUAAUGGAUUAUAGUUGUAAUUGGUUGAGGUUGGUAAAAAUGCCCCCCAAAAAUGUAUGGAUUGAGUUGUGUAUACCUCAACUUGUUCACAAUGUACAGUAAGUUCAGGAACGACAACCAAUGUUAAAUGUUUAAUACACAUGUUUAUUUAAAAUAGUUAUUUUCAAUUGAUGUAUUACUUCUGAAAGAACACAGGUUUUACAUGAGAUAUAAAAUUGUAUCAUACAUGUACAGAUCUUAUUAUUCUAUAGCCCACCC